GUGAUGCUAACAAGGACCAUAUCAGAAUGGAAAUAAACAGCAAACAAUAUAACUAUGAUACUGCCAUCAACCCAGAACAUGAAAUCCUUAAAAACCUCAUGGCUCCAGAAACCCAUUUUCUGCAAAAUCUACAAACUUCGCACUUCAGACUAUCGUCAUUGCUGAGCAAUCCUGCUCCAGACACAUUAAUAGCAAAUACUCCUAUUAUUUGUUCUCUCGAUAAACGAAGUUCAGAUCUAAACAUGGAGAUUCCACAAUAUACCUAUUGUUAUCAACAAUCUGCAAUGAUCAAAGACUGCUGCUCUUCAUUCAAGGAAUCAAAAACCGUACAAACUCAAACGUCUUCAACAUCCGAAAUAACAACGGCUGUUCAGGUGAAGCCAAGCAUACAACGGGAAAAUCUACAAAGACACAUUAAUUUCGAUUUUAAGUCAUUGGAACUAAAGAAUCCGACAAUUUCUGUUAGAAGUCGACUUUUGAGUAAUGAAGAUGAGGAUCACAACGGAGAACAGAAUCGACAUUUGAGUGAUAUCGAACUUCUCCGACAAGUAUACGACGAACUACGACAUAAAAUAAGCCAAGCGUAA